ACAAAUGCUAAUGUUCUCAAAACCCUAGUCAUCCCUCCUAUAUAAAUAAAUUUGUUAUAGCACACAAUUUCGUUUGCCUUCCAGUGGUGCGGUGAAACGCUCAUUUUCUGCAUUUGGAAGUCCAGCAACGAAGCAGCAGCAUGGUGGCCGCCAAGAAGACCAAGAAGACUCAUGAGAGCAUCAACAACAGGUUGGCACUCGUCAUGAAGAGUGGUAAAUACACUUUGGGUUAUAAGACCGUCCUUAAAUCUCUUAGAAAUUCCAAAGGGAAGUUGGUUAUCAUUGCCAAUAAUUGCCCACCUCUUAGGAAGUCUGAGAUAGAGUAUUACGCUAUGUUGGCGAAGGUUGGAGUUCACCACUACAAUGGCAACAAUGUGGACUUGGGGACUGCAUGUGGAAAAUAUUACAGAGUUUGCUGCCUCAGCAUUAUUGAUGCAGGUGACUCCGAUAUCAUCAAGAGCAUGCCCGGUGAUCACUGAUAAGAUUAGCAAAUCUUCGUAGGCUUGUCAUUUUUCUCAAAUAUAUUUUAGGUUGCAACCUUUAAUUUGGUUUAUUAAAGCUAUAUAAUCUGGAACUUGGAAGCUGCUUUGUAGCAUUUUUGAGUUGGAGACACAAAUGUCAUUUGCUAUUAUUUACUAGAAUGCUUGAGAGUAAAUUUCAUUAAAGACUUGCUUCGAUUUUUGUCA